AGAAAAAUCCAGAAGCAGAGCAUUUUGUCCCUCCAGGAGACGGUCAUACUGGGAGGGGUGCCGUGAAAAAAAUGCUAAUACUCUAGGGCGCCGUGAUACAAGAAGGUUUGGGAACCACUGCAUUACUGUAAAGACGAAGCUGAUUCUGUGUAAAGCAUCGUAUUACACCUAACGGAAGAGCCGGCAGCUGCUGGAGAAGGCUCUGGGUUUGGUCGGAAAAAAAACCCAAAACACAUUUCCUUCCUGUUCUCGUGAGAUUUCCCCACUGAGGAGAGAAUCCUGUAAUUAAUUAGAGGCAAAACAAUGUCAUUUGUGGAAGAUGAUCCUUGGAUAUUCUCUGCAAAGUCCUUACCUUCCGACCCUCGCCUCAUGGCAACGAUGGCUAAUGGUUAUCUGGGUACAAGAGUGUAUGGAGAUUUCCUGCAUGUGAACGGUGUGUACAAUGGGACAGUAGGAGACUGCCACAGAGCAAAUGUUCCAAGUCCUCUCAAUGUCCAGCUUUAUGUUCCCAAAGAAAAGGUUCUGGAUGAGAGUUUCUCGCUAGAUAUUAAAACAGGUACAUUUAGGCAUAUGCUCCAGUGCUCUUCAUUUACAGCUACCCAGCAUCUCUUUGCUCAUCGUUCUCACAGAAAUCUCUUGGUCAAUAUUAUAACCUUAACGCUCACAGAAGGUACCAGUCCUGUUACUGUCAACCUUCAAGCUCCAUUUAAGGCAGAAAGCCAAGACCUAGAUCUUCAGGAAGGCCCUGAUUACUGUAACGCUAAGUACGUCUAUGGGAGCACGCUAAUCCCAGAGAUUACAUCUUGUCCACUGAAGUCUGUCCAUAUGAUCUACACCCCAGUCCCUGAAAGUCUCACCCUCUCCUCUGAGACAGAAACCUGGGCGUUCCUGACAGCAGUGUCAGAGACCGAGAUGGAUGUGAAAGACAAAUUUGAUGAAGGCCUUGCCCUAGUGGAUGAGAAGCAACUUUUCUCUGCACAUAAAAAAGCAUGGGCACAGUUAUGGGAAGGGAGCUGGGUGGAAGUGGAAGGUUCCUUGGCUCUGAGACAGGCUGUCUAUGGAUGCCUUUAUUAUCUAAUAAGCUCCCUACCACCUUUAGGUUCAAAUGAGGAGUUUAAUGGAAUUAGUCCUGGAGGUCUCUCUAAUGGUCAGUGCAAUGAAGAUUACUGGGGACAUGUUUUCUGGGAUCAGGACACUUGGGUAUAUCCAAAUAUUCUGCUGUUUUACCCAGAGUUGGCACGUCAUGUUCUUAAAUACCGGAUUCGGACACUUCAGGGAGCAAUGCAGAAUGCUAAACAGCAAGGAUACAAGGGUGCAAAGUUCCCAUGGGAAAGUGCGGUAACAGGAUGUGAAGUUUGUCCAGAGAAAAUAUAUGGAGAACAGGAAAUUCACAUUAAUGGAGAUGUUUUGAUGACAUUUAAACAAUACUACCAGAUGACUAAGGAUUCAGGCUUUUUUGCUAUGAGCGGAGGCUGGGAUGUGGUGAGUUCAAUCGCUGAUUACUGGUGCAGCCGUGUUGUGUGGAGUGAGGAGGAACAGUGCUAUCAUAUCACAGGGGUGAUGCCUCCAGAUGAAUACCACAGCGAUGUAGAUAACUCCGUCUAUACAAAUGCUCUGGCACAGAUCAGUUUAAACUUUUCCAUAGACCUGGCUAUAAAUUUACAGCAUCCCAUCCCAGACACUUGGAAAGAUGUAGCAAGCAAGAUCAAGGUGCCCUUGGACCCGAAGUUGAAUUAUCACCCGGAAUAUGAUGGCUACAAAAUAGGUGAAGAGGUGAAGCAGGCAGAUGCUGUGUUGCUCGGUUUCCCUCUUAUGUUCCCAAUGACUCCUGAACAACGUAGAAAUGAUCUCAAAAUCUAUGAAGCCGUUACUGAUCCUGGUGGACCUGCCAUGACAUGGAGCAUGUUUGCGAUUGGCUUUAUGGAAUUAAGAGAGAUUACAAUUGCACAACAGCAAAUACAGAAGUCAUUUGCAAAUAUCACAGAGCCUUUUAAGAUAUGGACCGAGAAUGCUGAUGGAUCUGGAGCUGUCAAUUUUCUCACGGGAAUGGGAGGAUUUCUGCAGGCUGUGCUAUUUGGUUACACUGGAUUCAGAAUCACUAAUCAAGGUCUGGACUUUGACCCAAUUUUCUCUGAGGAUUUCACAAAACUGCACCUUACUGGGGUUUGUUAUCUCGGUAAUAAGCUUAAUUUCUCUUUUACCAAAGACAUCACAAUGGUAGAGUUGACUUCAGGACUUGGAUCACAGACUUAUGCGCUAGUUAUAUCAUUUGGACAGUUAAUACCGUAUAUACCAUUAUAUGUUGGCAAGAAAGUAUCUUUUCCCACCAAAGCAGGCCGGGUUCAACCAAAGACUUCCUGUUAUCCACUUUGAUUUGAGGGUUAAUAUCCUUUGAUUUUCAAGAUUAUAUAAUAAUCUGUCACUGUACACAAAUAAAGUACAUUUUGCAUCAAAA